AUGGCCAUAUCAUAUGGUAGUAAUGGAGUACUUAGUGCGAAAUAUUUUAUUUAUUUAAUAACGUUCAUAUCAUUAUGUUUACUAUUCUUCAAGUUUGAAAAUGAGACGUUGAGAACUGAUUGGUUAUUCAAAUAUAACAUUGAUUCAUAUAAUAGGGAAAAGACUUAUUAUUUCCCAUUUAGCAAAAGAUUCAAAUUACCAAAAUAUUCUUACAAAAAACUCGACGAUAAUAGUAUUCCAGAUAGUGGACGUGUUGUUGAGGAACAUAUAAUGCAUUACAAUUUAGAUUAUUUAUCGAGGACUGAUAUUAUUAAUACUAAUAACGUGUUAAUUUUAACAAUAGCAGAUACAUUCAAUGAAAAAUAUUGGGAUAAUUUAUUAAACCUAUCCUUCGAUAAAAAAUCUUUGGAAUUAGGCUUUAUGGUAUUACCUACGGAAGAUGGAGAUAAUAUCCUGAAACAAUUGGAGAGUAAAAUCAAAGACAUUCAAAACUCAAAAGAAAAUGGUAUAUUUAAGAAGAUUACAAUAUUACGUGCCAACUCUGCACCAAAUUAUUUUAUCAAGGAAAAUGACGAUAUAAAAAGGGAAUUGACGAAACGUAAAUACAUGGCAGCUUUGAAAAAUGAAUUGGUCACCUCAACAAUAGGUCCUGAGAAUAGAUAUAUCCUUUGGUUAGGUUCAGAGAUUACUGAGACACCACAAUCAUUGAUAGAAGAUCUUAUUUCAGCCAAGAAACCAGUUGUAACGGCGAAUAUACAGAAGCGUCAAAACGAUAACAAAGGGGUUAUUUCUUUUGAAUAUGAAAAUUCGAAAACAUGGAUCGAAAACAAUAAUUGGAGAAGUCAUCUAAGUACAUAUCCAUCUAAUUUCGUAGUGAUGGAAGGCAUUGGAGAUAUUUAUACAGGAAGAGUACACAUUGACCAUCUUAUGAAAAAAAAUAAUAUCGAAGAAUUCCGUUUCACCAUAAUAGGCGUAGACAGUGUUUCAAUGGCAUGCACUUUGAUUCAAUCCGAUGUUCAUAGAGAUGGCGCAAUGUUUCCGAAUUUUCCAUUCUAUCAUUUUGUCGAUACCGAGGGGUUCUCAAAGAUGGUCAAGAGACUUAAUUAUAAUUUGUUUGCCUUACCUAAUUACAUAGUAUACCAUAGUUGA